AUGAAAUCCACACAUAUUAACGCAUCUAUUGAGGCCAAAAAGCUAAAAAUCAAAUCAAAUUUCCCAUACCCUUUCGAAGAACAUUCAGAGGAUACAUCGGAGACAGAAAAGCAUGUAUUUGUAGAUAAAAGAGCGGUUGAUAGCCGACUUGCCAAAUCAUAUUUUAAGACCAUCUCAUUCUGCAAAGAUCUGCAGGAGUUUAUAUCUCAAAAAGAACAUCUUUCCGAUCCACUCAACCUUUUUGGAUUUAAGGAACAAUGUGUUUCCUAUGAUUUGGAUCCAGUUUACUUUCCUUCGAACAGUUCUAAAUAUACGUCCCUAUUCUCCGACGUAUACUAUUUGGGGGUUCAAGAGGCCAUAAAUAUGCCCAUUGGCGUUGACAGCUAUGCUGCAAAGCCCAAGUUUGUUGUAAAGAUAUCCUUCGAGCAUGUAGAUCUUUCGUUGAAUACUAUUGAGGCCACCUUGAAAAUGCAAAGCAGUUCGUCCUUUGAGCUGUCCAAAACGGUAUCCGAAUGGGAUGAAUGUAACUUUGACAUUGAAACAUGGCUUUCUGGGCAAAUUAUUGGGAGAAAGUUUCAAUUUACGCUGGAUGAUAUUAAUAAUAUUCA